GCCCCGGUGAGGUAGUGUAGAGGGCGUACGCUGGCUUCGGUACUCCUGAACCCCCUAUUUUAUCUCACCCCCAACUUGACACCGGAGUCCACGCACGGUAAUUGGCGGCGGUGGGCGGAGCCCGUGUGCUGGGGAGCAGCGCACGUGCCCUCCCACGCGGGUCGCGCACCGGAAGGACUUCCCUGGCUGUGACCUGCAGGGAGGAAGCGCUCCUGUCCCGAAGGGCGGGGGCCGCGGCGCAGGAGGUCGCCAUGGCUACCGAGCUCAAGGCUGCGGAGCCGGCUCCCGCGGAACCCGCAGUUCCGUCGCUCGUGGAUCGUUACUUCACUCGCUGGUACAAAGCGGAUGUCAAAGGAAAACCCUGUGAGGAUCACUGUAUACUACAGCACUCUAACCGAAUAUGUGUCAUCACAUUGGCGGAAUCACAUCCAGUUCUUCAAAGUGGAAAAACAAUUAAAAGCAUUUCCUAUCAGAUCAGUACCAACUGUAGCAGACUUCAGAACAAGGUCUCUGGGAAAUUUAAGCGGGGGGCACAGUUUCUAACAGAACUUGCACCUCUGUGUAAGAUUUACUGCUCAGAUGGAGAGGAAUACACCAUAUCUAGCUGUGUUAGAGGACGGUUGAUGGAAGUGAAUGAAAACAUUCUCCACAAGCCAUCUAUUCUUCAAGAAAAGCCAUCUACUGAAGGCUACAUUGCAGUUGUGUUACCCAAAUUUGAAGAAAGCAAAAGUGUAACAGAAGGGUUACUGACACAAAAACAAUAUGAAGAGGUUGUGAUGAAACGCAUUAAUGCCACAACAGCUACAUCAUGAGGAUGGAGAUGGAGUGAAAAGCACUGUAGGCUACCUCCCCUCCCGUGGCCUAAAACGCCAGCGCACUAAAGGAGAAGACCCAGAGUAUGUGAAGCACACUCAGCACCCAGCCAUCAGCUGGGGAAGCCUAAUCCUUCAUGUCACUGAGCUUCCAACCUUUGUCUUACAUAACAAGGCAUGGCUCCUUUUUGUCUUCAACCUUCCAGAUCUGCCCUGCCUAGAGACUCACUCUGUUGCCUCUUUGACUGACAAGCAAGGGAUGUUUUUCUGAUUAAAAACAACAAAGCUCUUUCAGGAAAGUUUGGAAAACAGAAAAAAUUUAAGUAGCCAAGUAAAAGCAAUUUACCUAUGGUACCUAUGACCUGGAGGAAUACAUGACAUAUUUUUUUAUAAUUUUUGCCUGAGUUUUCUGUCAGUUUAAUAUUUUGAGAAAAGCUAACUAGCCUUUCUUCAGUGUGACACUACCAAAAAGUCUCCUCCCACUCCUUUUGCUUCAACUUCUCUCCCUUUAGGUUAUAGGGAAGAAGCAGGAGUGCCAAGUGUAUCUUCUCAGCUCCUUAUGGAGAUGGGCCUCCCCUCUACAACAAAUGAGAUCUCUUAACACUGACUUCUUAAAUGGCAGACACACGAAAGGCUUUGCUGGGGCUUUCCUGGCAAAUUGAAGUACUAGUGUUAAUCUGGUUCUUGCAAUACAUAGGUUAUAGUCACUCGGUCUCACACUUUUUAAGUACAGUUAAUUUCUAGCACAGAAAUGACAGAAUAAGUCAUCCAAAUGCAUAGAUGUCUUUGAACCAGAACAAAGAAUUUCACAUUUAAACUAAGAUAAAAGGGGGGGAAAAUCCCACUGAACACGUGGUCUAACUUUGAGCUGGGGGUGUUGCUCAGUGGUAGAAUGCUUAUCUAACAUGCAUGAGGACCUGGGUUCAAUCCAAGGUGCCACAAAAAACAAAAAGAUUACAUACUAAAUUUACACCGAGUUUCAAAAAAGAACUUCACAUCUUAUUUAAGGACUAUAACAAAUACAUAGAUUUACAUUUCCCAGUUUUUGAAUAAAAUAGUUUUUAAAGAAAAAAAUCA